GCGCGCAGACGGUUGGUUGCCUAUUGAAUGUGUAGUGCCUGUCGACGUAGGUGUGUCAGCUUAGUGCGCUUGUGUAAGUCCCAGCCAAAAGAAAAAAAUAUAAAGCACACACCCAUUCAUUAAAAAGAUGUCGUACGGAGCGGAGCGAGCGUUCUCCUAUUUAUAUCCCUUUAUCAUUGGGAGUUCGCUGAUCUGCUGUAUCACCUCGGCAGUGGCCUGGUCGCAUUGGCGCUAUGUGCUCAACGCCUGUCCGGACACCAAUUGCGGCUGUGUGCUGCACGGCCGCACCACCUACAACAGCUUCGAAGGUGGCAAUAUCGCCUAUUGCCACUAUGCCACCUAUGGAUUGCUUCUACCGAUGGCCUUUGCCGUGGUGCUAGGCAUAUAUCAUUGCUAUCGCAUGUGCAUCGGCAAGGGCCAACGCAAGGCAGGCACCACAACAAUCAGACAGCGCUCCGGUGACAUGGUCGUGGUAACCACCGAAUCGGAGCUAACUUCCGACGGCCUUUCCCCGUACUACUGGCUACCUGCCACGGUUAUUUCGGUUAUUAUGGCCAUUUACCAGUUGAUCUAUGCUGCCAUUUUUACCGAUGGAUUCGAAGUCACCUGCAAACAGUAUCGCGAGUCCUUGCUGAAGGAAAUUCAAGGAGUUGGCAACAUUGUGCCCGUGAUCAAGGCCCGUUUGUCCUGUGCAGCUGUGUUUGAUUUCAUGGACUAUCUGGUGGAGAGCAUUUCAUAUGAGCGUCGUCGCUAUGGGCGUAUCAAUACUGCUGCUUGUUUGUACUUCACCCUCAUUCUAUCCUGGUUUACCCUAUUUGGCUGGAUUAUCAUAAGUGUGAUCAAUAUUGUGAACUUACGCAGAACCCGUUCCGCCCGAGUUUAAAAUGCGAAGAAAAUGACAACGAACCGAGACAAAUUUCUCUGCACUUUUAACAUUUUAUCAUAUAAAGCAUAUUCCGCGCCACUUAUUUAUUAGAUCUUAAAAUAUAACGUCCACGGCUUGAGCUGCCAUUUACGCAUUGUACAAAUAAAAGUAUGAACAAGUUACAUUUAAAAACGAUUUGUAUUAAUUGGGAAUGAUGUGCGCGCAAUGCGAAUCGAUAAGUUUCAAAAGUAGCCAUGAGUAACAACUACGAUGUUGGAAGCACCUAACAUUAAAACAUCGAUAGUGCCUUCGAUUUUACUGCUGACGUGCCGC